AUGGCCCUGAGAAAUCAUACCAGGGUGUCUGAAUUCAUUUUUGGCCUUACCCAGUCUCAAGAGUUAAGCUUGCUCUUAUUUUUACUUUUAGCUAUGAUUUAUGUAACAACUGUGUUAGCAAAUGUUGCCAUCAUGGUCACUGUGACCUGUGAGCCUCGCCUUCACACCCCCAUGUACUUCCUGCUCCACAAUCUCUCUGUCUUGGACAUCUGCUUCUCCUCCAUCACUGCUCCGAAGGUCCUAGCAGACCUUCUGUCAAGGAGAAAGACCAUCUCCUUCAACGGUUGCAUCACACAGAUGUUUUUCUUCCACCUCCUCGGUGGAGCAGACAUUUUUUCUCUCUCUGUGAUGGCCUUUGAUCGCUACAUGACCAUCUCCAAGCCCCUGCACUAUGUGACCAUCAUGAGUAGGGGGAGAUGCACUGCCCUCAUUGUGGCUUCCUGGAUGGGGGGCUUUGUCCACUCCAUUGUGCAGAUUUCCCUUUUGCUACCCCUCCCCUUCUGUGGACCUAAUGUUGUUGAUGGCUUCUAUUGUGAUGUCCCGCAGGUGCUCAAACUCGCCUGCACUGACACCUUUGUCAUUGAGCUUUUAAUGAUUUCCAACAAUGGCCUGGUCACUACCCUGUGGUUUGUCCUUCUUCUUGUGUCAUACACAGUGAUCUUGAUGAUGCUGAGAACUCAAACUGGAGAAGGCAGGAAGAAAGCCAUCUGUACCUGCACAGCCCACAUCACUGUGGUGACACUGCACUUUGUUCCCUGCAUCUAUGUCUAUGCCCGGCCCUUCACUGCCCUCCCCAUGGACAGAGCUGUCUCCAUCACCUUCACUGUCAUCAUCCCUGUUCUGAACCCCAUGAUUUACACCCUGAGGAACCAAGAGAUGAAGUCAUCCAUGAGAAGACUGAAGAGAAGACUCAUGCUUUCUGAAAGGGGGUAG